GCCAGCUCAGGCUACUGUAAUUGACCACCUUUCCAGAGGGCCCCCGCCCUCCGGUUGCUGUCGGGGAAGACUCGCGAGAGUGCCUCCAGCAGUCUCCGGCGGCGCCAUCUUUGUGUCUGGCGAGCAACGGCGCCCGAAGGGAGACCUGAAGCCGACGAUUCGCUAGCCAAGCUCUAGCUGAGAGCGGAUCCAGGAAAUACGAGGCGGGCCCCGGUGGGAGGGACGCACUGAGGGAGGAGGGAGGAAAGGGGGCGGUGGCGGCGGCUCUCACCGUAUCCGGGCUUUGCGCGGCGCGCACCCGAAGGGGGGGUCGGUCGGGGAAGCCGCGCCGGCACAGACCCCCCGCGGGAAUAGGCUGCGGGAGUGACUGCGAGGCGGCGGCGAGCAGCGAUCAGUGGCUGCCGGACUCCCAGACUACUCAAAAGAAGGUGCUUUCAGAGCUGGAGAUGUGAAUAGGACCGCUGUGCCAGGGCUCUGAGAAAAUGACUUCGGUGUUGGAAGAACAUUACUAUUGGAAGGCCGGUUAGCAUCCAUUUCCUGAGAGAAACUUGACCACCACUUGCUCUGGCAUGGCGCAAAGCAGUCCUCAGCUCGAUAUGCAGGUUCUCCUUGACCUCCGACAGCGUUUCCCUGAGAUUCCAGAGGGCGUGGUGUCUCAGUGCAUGUUACAGAAUAACAACAAUCUUGAAGCCUGUUGCCGAGCCCUUUCCCAGGAGAGUAGCAAAUACUUAUAUAUGGAAUACCAUAGUCCAGAUGACAACAGGAUGAAUAGAAAUCGCCUUUUGCAUAUUAACUUGGGCAUCCAUUCUCCUGGUAGUUACCACCCAGGAGAUGGAGCCCAACUUAAUGGUGGUCGAACACUGGUACAUAGCUCAAGUGAUGGACAUAUUGAUCCACAGCAUGCGGCAGGUAAACAGCUGAUCUGUUUAGUUCAGGAACCACACUCGGCUCCAGCUCUUGUGGCUGCUCCUCCCAACUACAAUCCAUUUUUUAUGAAUGAACAGAACAGAAGUGCAGCUACUCCUUCACAGCCACCUCAACAGCCAUCCUCCAUGCAAACAGGAAUGAACCCAUCCGCUAUGCAAGGGCCUUCACCACCGCCACCUCCUUCAUACAUGCACAUACCUCGGUAUAGUACAAAUCCAAUUACUGUUACAGUAUCCCAAAACCUCCCUUCUGGACAGACUGUACCAAGAGCUUUACAAAUUCUUCCACAAAUUCCAAGCAAUCUCUAUGGGUCUCCUGGUUCUAUUUAUAUUAGACAGACAUCUCAGAGCUCAUCAGGAAGACAAACUCCUCAAAGUACGCCAUGGCAGCCUUCACCACAGGGCCCAGUGCCUCAUUAUAGCCAACGUCCUUUGCCUGUUUAUCCACAUCAACAGAACUAUCAUCAGCCUUCUCAGUAUUCUCCCAAACAGCAACAGAUUCCUCAGCCUACUUACCACUCGCCACCUCCUUCUCAGUGUACUUCACCCUUCAGCUCUCCACAGCAUCAAGUGCAGCCUCCCCAGUUGGGUCACCCGAGUUCCCACGUCUUCAUGCCACCUAGUCCUUCAACUACUCCACCCCAUCUAUACCAACAAGGACCUCCUAGCUAUCACAAACAGGGGAACCAUUCAGUAGCUUAUCUCCCAUACACACCAUCUAGCUUACCCAAAGGAUCCAUGAAGAAGAUAGAAAUUACAGUCGAACCCUCUCAAAGGAGUACUUCACCUAUCGGUAACCAGCCGUCUCCACGGAAUCAGCACUCACUGUACACAGCCACCACUCCACCUUCUAGUUCUCCUUCAAGAGGGAUAGCCUGUCAACCAAAACCUCCAUUUGGUGUUAACCCUGUGUAUAUUACAUAUACACAGCCACCUGGACCUUCCUGCGCUCCAUCACCAUCUCCUCGGGUGAUGCCAAACCCAACUACAGUCUUCAAAAUUACUGUAGGCCGAGCAGCGACUGAAAAUCUUCUAAAUUUAGUGGACCAAGAAGAACACUCUGCAGCCCCAGAACCUAUUCAGCCCAUUUCAGUGAUACCAGGCUCUGGGGGAGAAAAGGGAAGCCAUAAAUAUCACAGGAGUUCUAGCUCUGGAUCAGAUGAUUAUGCCUAUACCCAAGCCUUGCUGUUACAUCAGCGAGCAAGGAUGGAGAGGUUAGCAAAGCAAUUGAAAGUUGAGAAAGAGGAGCUAGAGCGACUGAAGGCUGAAGUUAACAGUAUGGAGCACGACCUGAUGCAGAGACGGCUCAGAAGGGUCAGCUGCACCACGCCAAUUCCAACGCCUGAGGAAAUGACAAGAUUGAGAAGCAUGAACAGACAACUCCAGAUAAAUGUUGACUGUACACUGAAAGAAGUUGACCUCCUUCAAUCUAGAGGAAACUUUGACCCGAAAGCCAUGAAUAAUUUUUAUGAUAACAUACAACCUGGCCCCGUGGUACCACCCAAGCCAUCUAAGAAAGAUUCAUCAGACCCCUGCACCAUUGAGAGGAAAGCCCGAAGAAUUAGCGUGACCUCCAAAGUACAGGCUGACGUUCAUGACACCCAGGCGGCAGCUGCAGAUGAGCAUCUACCUGGCUCCAUACUGAGUUCUCGGAUACAAUCCCGAGAUGAAGACUAUGAAGGGGCCCCUUGGAAUUGUGACAGCUGCACCUUUCUGAACCACCCAGCACUAAAUCGCUGCGAGCAGUGUGAGAUGCCCCGGUACACCUGAGCUCCGAAGAGUCUGCACCACGUUGCCAGCGAAACCGAGCACCAAUUAGAGGAAAAGGAAACCGUGGGAAUCUUCAUCUGUCCAGCCUUUUCAUUUCUGAGUACAUGGGGGGAGAAUGGUGCUGUAGCUGCCUGUGCUCACUACAACAACAAUCGGGAGGGUUUUUCCCCCUUUCUUCACUCAUUACAGAGACACAGAAAGGGAUACUUGAAACUGGGGAAGGAUUCACUCCUGAAAGAAUGUACACAGAGAAGUCAAGAACUCUUCUGUGGAAUCCCAAUUGUUCAAGUUACUGCUGAGUGGCCCUUAUUUUAUAAACCAGAACUCUGGAUCAUAGUUCUGACGUGUUACAGUCUCUGCAGACAAGCUGUGAAUCUCCAGAGCAGACUUCCCUGGUCACAGCUCUCUGGAAAAGGCUCCCGUGCUUUUUCCUGUUGCUCCCUGCUGAAGAGAAGGACAGGAAAAAGCACUCAGAAUCUGAUUUUUUUUGGGGGUGGGGGGGGGGCAAAAUAAUAAGAGUUAUUUGUAAUUGCUGCUUUUUUUCAGGGGUAAUUUCCAACACACAAACAAGAUGCUUUAAAAUGUGAUUUGUAGUAGUCAGGAAUGAGGCAUAUCGUGUGCCCUUUGUCGGAAGUACAAUCAGAGGUGACAAGAUCCCUUUCGCUUGUACAAUGAUUCAGUGAGCUAUUUAUCAACACUGGUAACUAAGACCUAAUUACACCACGUAAAUAGAUUUUUUUUAAGUUAUUGCAUGCUUUUUAAUUAGGUCGUCGGUUUUCAAAAUAUAACAAGUCCUUACAAAGUAUGAUUUCCUGAAUGACCUUCUCAUAAAACUGUGCUUUGCCAGUAGCACAGUGAAUGUAUGCCAAAUGUAAAGCCAUUCCAAAAUCCAUUUGGAAAUCUUGGUCUCAGCUGUGGUUCCUACAAGAAAUAUUUGCAGUGCAUAUAUUAGGGCCUCCCUCCCGCGCCCCCACCUCCCUUUCAGUUUUGUGAGGAAUUCAUGAUGUUUACAGCACAGAUAAUACUUUGUGCCAUAAUCCUAACUUAGCUGAAAGAAAAUCAAUAUUCAAUAACUAUUUAUUUGCACAUACAUUAAUAAACCAGUGAGGACAGUGACAGUCAGCCGAUGCCAUCAGGUCACACUCUUGGGGAGGAAGAGCAGGCUAGUCAAGAAAUAGGAUUCAGAAAAGGGUGAACACAGAAGACUUUGAAACGGAGAGCUUUUCAAAUGUAACAUACCAUGUUCAGAAAUGACACUGAGUUUGUUCAAGCAGUGCACGUGAGACUGAAGCACUCCUCAUUUAUGAAACUAGAACUUUUGGGUGUGCAUAACUGAAGAGAGAUAAAACUGUGAUUCACUAGAAUGCACCACUGGAAAAUCACUAAGACAUUUCAUUAAGGUCUCUACCAUCGUUGAGAAUUGGAUUUUGGAACCUUCUCCUUAUUGGGGUAAAUGUAAAGAGCAAUAAAAUCGGUAGGUUUUCUAAUCCUUAAGGAUUUUUAAACCUGUGGUUGUGACUGUAGGGAAUACCUACUCCCCCCGCCCCCCCCACUCUUCAAGCUGUUACUGUAUUCAAAUUUGGCAGUAAACCCCGGGCAGACCUGGAAAAAUAAGCUGCACUCCAUAGCAUAAUGAAACCAAAGGCAUGACAACGCAUCGUAGUGUUCCAUCCAGAUCAUACUUUCACACUCUCCAAAGCGUGGCCAUGUAAUUACACUGAUGAACAUCUCUCAUACAACAGCUGUGGCAAAACUGUGAAACUAAUGGUGAGAAAGCAGAUGGACUUAAAAGCAUUGACCUGAAAACAGCAUUCUUGAAAGACUCUUGUGACACUGGUGUCUGUCAGUCUCUGAUAACGGUCUGUCAGUCCUAUUGUUCUGUGAUAGGCCAGUGCCUUUGCCUUUGUGUGGUUUCAUAUCUCUUUCAGGAUGGCGGACCCCACUUGGUCUUUAGUAACAAUUUAGGGGGAAAUAUAUAUACUGCUUGGUGUUCUAGCUAAAGGUUUACCACUAUUAGUGAUGUGCUGAAGUGGCAGUAAUUAACUUGGCAGUUGUCAAUUGAAAAUGAAAGUAGCAUGUAUGAAAACAGUUUGAUGCUUUAUUAAAACCACGUAGAUGACUUUAAAACUAUUGCAUGAACAUACAUCCAAGUUACAAGCUGCUAUCAUACAGUAGAUGCAUGGUUCCGGCCCUUUGGUGAUAUAUCUAGUCAAUCAUUGUUUUCACCUGCCAGGAAAAACGAGAAACCGGUCUGUUCGGUAGUUGUAGAGGAUGGUGUAUGAGACAUCAGAUUGAUUUCGAGGGAGUUUUUUUUGUCUGUGUUCAUUCCUGAUUGUGCACCAUUUCAUACACCCACAUAGGCUGUAUUCCGUUUCUGAACUAAGCAAAGUCAUUUGACACAGAUACAUUUGAUACGUUUCACUGUGUCCCAUAUGUCCACUACUUCAUGCCUGUGACCAGUUGGAAGAAUUAGGUCAACGUUCAAGGUGCCUUUUCAAAAGGAUCUCCUAGUCAGAUUGCCACGGACAGACAACUGGCAUGUGAACGGUAGGGCACAGACUGGCUGGUACCUGCCUGCUGAGGGGAGCCUAUGUAUGCUCUUUGGAUCAAUUGGUGCACUUCUUGUAUCUCUUAAAAGUUUUGUUCCUAACACACAGACCUAACUUCACAUUUGAAAUUAUUUCACUUUUGUAAACUGGGUUUGUAGAAAGCACAUUUACCCUUUUGUUAAACUACAUCGCCUCCUAACUUUUGGAGGUCUUAAAGGUUUAUAGAGGUAAUAGAGGACCCAGAAACUUUCUAGGCAUUGUAAAUGUUUCAAAUUGAAAAUGACCUUGUUUGGGAGAGGGUAGAGGCAGGGAGUUUUAAAGAAACAGAAAUGCGUUGAAAAAAAAAGUAGUUUUAGAGCAGAUAAAUGAUGUUGGGGAAAGUGUUGCUAAUUUGUUUAUUUCCCUGAAAGAAAUGGGAUGUGUGAUGAGCAAUUUAAUAACUUUUAAGGAGCUGGUCUCAAUUUUAGUACUUUUUAAUUAUUUCCUUAAAUUUUGUCAUUGCUUUGUCCCAGUUCUCUAGGGUUCGUAUGCAACUUUCUGUGGCAACUCAAGUUUUAUAUAGUAUUUUUCAAGGUAAUUGUAAUGUCUGAUGGUAUAAACAAAAAGAAUAUAAAGUAUAGGGAAAUUGUUCUUUGGAAAUAUCAGCAAUGUAUCCUGGAAUGUGAAGAUGUCCCCUUAUAGUUCAUAUUGAUUUAUUUUAAUAAUGUAGUCAUUGCGCAGAGUUUGAAUGACUUCAUGUUACAGUGUGUGUAUGUAUAUCUGUAGAGAAGGAAAAAAUGAUCAUUGAGAUGUUACUUUAAAAACAAUCAAUAAAUCGGGCACUGUCUGUGUUGCACCACUACUGUAUGUUUCUCAAAGAAUUCACAGUAUUUUCUUAUUGUAAAAGUUCGUUGUGAUGACAUUUUCACAUUCACCAGACAUACAUUUUUUCCUGUAGUAUGUGCAUCCCCAAAUAUUUAAAACAAGUAGAUUUUGCAUGGCAUGGGCAUUCAGAGAUAAUAGAAUGACUCAAUUUUAAUUUUUAAAGCCAUGAAAAGUAAGAUCGAACGAUACUUAUAAUGACACCAAUGUCCAUGUUUCCCUGCUGUAAAAGAAUUGAUCAGUUUCUUCAUUAAAACAGCAAGAACUUACUAAAUCUUGUAAAUACCAUGUCUCUUAGAUUUCUGUGUAUGCUGUGAAUCAAAUUAUUUUGAAGUGAAAUUGUACAAAGGUAUUUUAAAAGGCUAUGCAUGCAUCGUACCUCCAAACAGUACAUAUUGGGAAAGUCAACGAUUCCUUCAAAAUAAAUUAAUAAACUAAAAGCAAACAUUA